AAGACUCAGAGAGAUUAUCAGGAGCAGCAGAGAGAGAAAGAGAGAGGGAAAUAUCAAUCAAACAAUCAAUGAAUUGAUCAGUCAGGCGUUUGAUCAGCGGGAGAGUGAUUGAUGUUUUGUUUCCCGCGGCGGUUUUGUGUUUGAAGUUUUUGGGGCUCGUGGGGAUCAGGAGGAGUUUAGGAGGAGUUUGUAGAGUGGAGGAAGAUAUGAGCUGAGAGCUCAGAGACCUGGAGGUCUGUCUGUCUAUCUGUCUGCAUCAGUUAAAUACUGAACUGACUUUUUUAUUAUUGUACUGAUACUUACAGUUAUAGUAUUAUUAAAUUACAGAUUUUUAUAAUAGUACUAUUUUUAGCGAUCAAUUAUUUAUUGGCUUUUAUGUACAAUAACUAUAUAUUUUUUGUACUUUUUAUUUGGCUAAUAAACUUUUUGUGAGUGUCCAGUUCGGAAGAAAUCACCUGGACUGAUUGCACACUUUUUUAGCUGAAAACUCAGCUGAAAAUCGCAGCUGGAUUCAUAAAGUGAUUUUAUUUUUAUUCAUUUUUUUAUUUAUUUAUUUAUUUUUAUUGACCUCUGUCUCAUUUGGAGAUGGGGGGUGGGAUGCCUACUCUGGCAGUAUUGCUGGUUGCCCUGCUGGCUGAGGGUGCAGAACGCAAGAGGCCGCGGGGAGGUCGGCUAAACCCGGCCCCCUCUCACCGGGGCAGGAGUGAGGGGCCAGAGAGCUUCCCCCUUGACUUCACACCUGUGGAGGGCAACAUGGACACACUGAUGCGGCAGGUGCAGAACCUGGCCCAGUCCCUGUACCCCUGCUCUACCCGCAGGCUGGACCAGGACAUGAAGCUGCGCUUCCUGGAGAACUCCACCGUCACCUGCAACGAUGGGUCACCUGCAGGGUACUACAUCAGGGAGUCCAAAGGAAGCAGGAGAUGGCUGGUGUUUUUGGAAGGUGGAUGGUACUGCUUCAGUAAAGAGAACUGUGCCAGCAGGUAUGAAACCAUGAGGAGGCUGAUGAGCUCCUGCAGGUGGCCUAACACUCGCUCAGGUACAGGCAUUCUGUCUCCGCAGCCGGAGGAAAACCCGCACUGGUGGAAUGCAAACAUGGUAUUUAUUCCUUACUGCUCCAGUGACGUAUGGAGUGGAGCUACACCAAAAACAGACCAAAAUGACUACGCCUUCAUGGGUUCUCUGAUCAUUCAGGAAGUCAUAAAGGAACUCUUGACCAAAGGGCUGGACAAUGCAAAAGUCCUGCUGCUAGCAGGAAGCAGUGCUGGAGGUACAGGUGUUCUGCUGAAUGUGGACCGUGUGGCUGAGCUCCUGAAGAGCCGAGGUCAUGGAUCAAUUCAGGUCAGAGGUCUGGCUGAUUCAGGAUGGUUUCUGGACAAUGAGCAGUACCGCUGUACCGACUGUGUGGACACCAUGAGCUGCGCCCCCACAGAGGCCAUCAAACGGGGCAUCAGGUACUGGGGUGGAGUGGUUCCUGAGAGAUGCAGACUGGCUCAUACAGGAGCGGAGUGGAACUGUUUUUUCGGUUAUAAAGUCUACCCCACACUAAAGAGUCCAGUAUUUGUGGUGCAGUGGUUAUUUGAUGAAGCCCAGCUGACAGUAGAUAACGUCCAUCUGAUGGGUCAGCCGGUGCAGGAGGAUCAGUGGCGGUACAUUCAGAACCUGGGGAUCGACCUCAGAAACACCCUGAAAAAUGUCCCGGCCAUGUUUGCACCUGCCUGUUUAUCACAUGAGGUGAUCACCAGAAGUUACUGGAUGGACAUACAGGUGAAGGGCACGUCUCUGCCUCGUGCCCUCCAGUGCUGGGACCGCAGCCUCCAUCACAGCCUCCGUAACCAUGGCAACAGCAGCAGCCCUCGCUCUCCGCCCCGGGGCUGCCCGCUGCACCUUAUCGACAGCUGUCCCUGGCCCCACUGCAACCCCACCUGUCCCGCCAUCCGCGACCAGCUGACGGGUCGGGAGAUGAACGUGAUUCAGUUCCUCACGCACAUGGGCUUCGACGUGCAGCGCAUGGCUCAGCAGCAGGGCCUGGACCCCAACAAGCUACUGGGCAUGCUCAACAGCGGCACCUGAGCUGAGCCAAGAACAGGACAUUUCAGUUACCCAAUCAAAUUGCAGGAGGGAAGAUUCAACUCGCCAACCAGAAAGAAAAAAAGACUGAAAAUUCAGCAAACAAAUGAAAGUAUAAGAAAAAAAAUUCUGGCAGCCAAUUAGAGUGCAGGCCUGACAAUUUAACUAGCCAAUUAAAGAGUGCUGUAAAGAAAGUGCAACUAGUCUAUCUGGCCAGAAGCAAAGACAAUUAGCCAAUUAAAACGCAGGCCUUUUAAAGCAAUUUAAGCUAACUAAUAAGAGCCUGGCAAAUAGAACCAGCCAAUCAAAAUGCAAGACUAGCCAAUCAAAGAAAAGGCCUGAUAAUUCAGUUUUCAAAUAACAACAGUGUAGGCCUGAUAAGUUGACUGUCCAUGCCAAUUAAAUUGCAGCACAAACAAAUUCAA